GUCAGAAUCGAGGCAUAAACUGAGACAUUACAGCUCCUCUCUUCUCAGACUUCACAGGAAAGCAAGACAGGAGUAAAAGAUGAACGAGUCUGGAGUCUUUGAUGCUACAGGCAGCUUCAGCAUGGGGAGCAGCCGCCUCGCAGGGGACAGACUCUACGUCAUUAAUGAAGCAGCCCUUGGUCUUCUUCUGACCGGCCUGUGCGUGGGGAUCCUUUAUUUACUUGACUUCAUGAUAGCUGUGUGCCGCAAAAAAAUCCACACUCAACACCUCACAGUGUUCAUGGUGUCGUUCACCUUCACCUCUGUCCUCCAGAUGCUGUCCACAUCUGUGGUGGCGAUGAGAUUUCUGGGUAUCUACUGUUAUCUGAAACACUGUGAUUAUCUGCUGGUUGUGUGGUUAGCGUCCCGACAAUUAGGAGUGCUUCUCCACCUGCUGGUGGGGCUUGAGUUCUUGCUGAUCCGUAGCAAGUCUCGCUUCGGCUCCAGACUUCUGCGAACGCACUGGACCCUGCCUGUCGUCCUCACGCUGAGUCUCAUAAGCUUACUUUUCACUGGGGUCCUCCAAGCUUCUGUGUUUCUGGGUGCAGUUGCUAUAACUCUGACUUGUCUUGUAUCAAUUCUAGCCUGCCUCUUCUUUAAAAGCAUGAAAAAAUACUGUAUAAUAGUUGCUUGCUUAGCCUUCGCCACGUUGGGAACCUACUGUCCCAGUUUUGUGUUUGAGUGCAUGGCCAUUAGCGGUCUGUCUGUUUCUGUAUACGUGUAUGAAAUCUUUAUGUGUUUGACAAACAUGCGUCUGCUGAUGGGUGGAUUUUUAUGCUGGGUGAUCUUCAGGACAACUCCUGAAGUAGCUCCACAGCGGCUGGAGGCAGGGCAGGUGAACCUUGAUCCUCUCAGCCAGGUCCCAGUCUGA